CGUCACGUGGAGCAAACAAAUCCUCCCGCGGCCGCCCUGCUCCACUUCGGCCAGACGGCUCCAUCGGCUCCCCUCCAGGGCGGCCGGCCACCGCCAUGAAGAUGCACUUCAGCAUCCCUCUCUCCGAAGAGCUGCUGGAGAAGUUUGGCGGCCGCUACGUGCUGUAUUCUGUAUAUUUGGAGGGCUUCCUUUUCUGCAAGUUACGUUACAGUCAGUUGCACCGCUGGAAUGAACAGCUAAGAAGAGUCUUUGGAAAAGGAAUGCCUUCGUUUCCUCCAAAAUUUUUCCUUGCAAUGACAAAGUCAAUGGCUGAUGAAAGGAGAACACAGCUAGAACAAUAUCUACAGAACGUUUCCGUUGACCCAAGUGUUACAAGCAGUGAUGUCUUUAUCAGUUUCUUUAGGAAAUUACAACAGGAAACAUUUAAAAUCCAAACCCAACAAGCUUUUUUGGAUGUUUAUCUUCCUGGUGGAAGGUAUCUCAGGAUUGAUAUUCAGACAUCAGAUACUGCUGAAAGAGUGCUAGAGGUGAUAUCAUACAAGAUUGAACUUUCUAGGGAGCUAAUACAAUACUUCGGCUUAUUUCUUAUUCAAGAUCACAACAAUGGACAAAUAUCUGUGUUGAAAAAACUAGCAGAAUUUGAACUUCCUUAUGUGAGUCUCCGGAGUGCGAAAGAAUCGGUUUUUAAGAUUGGGAUCAGAAAAUGGUAUAUGGAUCCUUCUCUAGAUAAAGUGUUGAUGGACUGUAGAACUUCGGUGAACUUACUUUAUAUGCAGGUUGUACAGGAGCUAGAGAUGAAUUGGGUCAAACCUACUGAGGAACAGAGGCAGAAGCUUCUAAUGCUGCAAAAAGCACCAAAUAAAUUGAAGUUUUUAGAGCUGGUUCGAGAGAUCCAGCAUUAUGGAUAUAUACAACUUGCUCCUUGUUCCUGUGACUACCCUGAAGUUGGUUGUACUGCUACUAUUCAUGUGGGAAAUAAUGAGAUUAGCUGCUGCAUAAAGUUGCCUGGUAAUCAGAUCAAAGACGUCAAUUUCAAAAUCAACAGGAUAAGGUGCUGGCAAGUCACAUUUCUUGGAUCAGUUUUAGGCCACGGACUUGAUCAAUUCUUGGAACUCAGAAUUGAGUACAAUGAAUCCGAUAAGUGGAGAUGGAUUGUCUUCAACACAAAGCAGGCAUUCCUUCUGAGCAGUUGCUUAAAAAAGAUAAUAUCAGAGCAGCUGAUGACAACAACCAAGAAUGAUCAAGAAAUGCAGAUUGAGCAUCCAGAAUUAGAUACAGCUAAGAAAGGAAGCAUCCGUCCAAGUCAGAUAUUUCAUUCUGGUUUUAAGUCAAGAAAAUGGCUACACAGUAGUAGAUCAAAUGAGGACGAUUGUGUAUUUGAGAAGAUAAGCGAAGAAGAUUUGUGAUUGACGCUGAUACAAAGAGUAUUCAUUCUUGCUGGUUUUAAAAUAUCACUUAGCCAAGAUCCUUACUGGCAAGUUGCAUCAUUUAGGGUCCCAGCCAUUACAGGUAGUCCUUGACUUACGACCACAAUUGAGCCUAGAAUUUAUGUUGCUAAGUGAGACAUUUGUUAAGUGAAUUUUGCCCCAUUUUACGACCUUUCUUGCCACAGUUGUUAUGUGAAUCACCGCAGUUGUUUAGUAACAUGGUUGUUAAGUGAAUCUGGCUUCCCCAUUGACUUUGACUGUCAGAAACCCUACAAAAUGUGACCCUAGGACACUGCAACCGUCAUAAAAAUGAGUCAGUUGACAUACGUCUGAAUUUUGAUCAUGUGACCAUGGGGAUGUUGCAACGAUUGUAAGUGUGAAAAAUGGUUAGAAGUCAUUUUUUUCAGUGGCAUUGUCACUUUGAACUUUUGUAAGUUGAGGCCUACCUGUACUACGUCAAAAUUACAAGAGGACAGGUUUUAUAUUGUUUUAAUAACAGCCAAUGCAAAAGUCCUCAAGCACCGGAAAUCCUGCUGUAGACAAUUUGCUGCAGCUAGGAGAUUUGUAAAUAUUUUACCCACAUUUGUUUUUGUAUUUUUUAAAAAAGACCUUAAAAUGAGAAAUAGAUCCUAGAUCAAAAUAACACCUACCAUUCCCUGAAAUUGUCAGACAAAAUGUACUUAAAAGUUUGGGCAAACAAAUCCUCAUUACUGUUCUUUUGGGAUGCAAACUUUCCCAGAUGCUUUAAUCAGAUGAUAAAUUAUGCAAUGCGCUGAAUGAUAUGAAUUUCGUAUGAUGAAAGUUUAGUGUCUCAAAAUCUCCUAUUUGAACUGGAACUCACUUUAUACAGGCCGAAAAUGUAUUUGUAGGGCAUUUUUACAGCCCCAUAAUUUUAUCUAGAAUUCUUCACUGAAAAAUCUACGUUGUUUGAUUAUUCUUCCCCUUUUCCUUCUUUGUACUGAUAAAUGAAAUAAACUGCCAUUUGGACUAUUGGAA